AUUUUCAUUAUUGAUCGAAGAAAUGGAUAAACCAAUCAUGAAAUUGAAACUACUCGCCGCCGCAACUAUUAUGCUUCUCUCCCUCCACACAAAGUCGGCGAAAAGCCAAUGGUUCCCGCGCCGGCCGCCGGUGACUCCCCAGCCACUUUGCACCACGCAGUUCGCGCUCGCCAAUCGCGCGUGCGCAGCGCUGCCCUACACGUUGGUGCCUCUACCGAGCUCUCCUUCGCUGCCGACGUCCCCGUCCCCACCGCCUCCCCCAGGCGCAGACGCCGGAGGAGGCGGAGGCGGAGGCGGAGGCGGAGGCAGACACCACCACCACCACAGGCACGGCGGGGCAAGGCAACAGACGCCGGAGGAAGAGGAGUGCUGCAGGUGGUUGAAGAAUAUCGACAGCGUGUGCGUUUGUAAGCUGCUGCUGUACUUGCCGCCGUUUCUGACGAGGCCUCACCAUAAUUACGGCGUCGAUGUGGGUGGUCUGUGCGAUAUUAGUUUUAACUGUGGAUCCAGGCUGGUUCAGUUUUGAGUACUACAUAUAUAAAUAUAUAAUAUAGUUUAUAUACGUACUUUCAGUUAAGUGUUAUGGAUUAUAUAUAUAUAUAUUUAUGAAGAGAGCAAGUGAAAACUUGUGCUUACAGUAUUAUUAGUUUUCGACUUGUGUAAGUUUAUAGGUCAUUAUUCUACGGAUAUGGAAACAAAAUUAUUUAUUUGUACUAGUUGUGGAGCCAAGAUUUUAUCUAAGG